AUGGCAUUUAACGUCACCUCAGUUAAAACUUCCUCAGGUGGCGCAUGGCAAGGGGAUAAUCCGCUGCAGUUUGCAUUCCCCUUGUUAAUAAUCCAAACCACCAUAGUCGUCCUCAUUAGCCGUGUCCUUGAAUUCCUCUUCAAACCCCUCCGUCAACCGAAAGUUGUUGCCGAAAUACUGGGUGGAAUCCUACUUGGACCCUCUGCUCUUGGCCGGAAUAAAGAUUUCAUGCAGUGGAUUUUUCCAGCAUGGAGCACUCCAAUCCUUGAAUCCGUAGGCAGCAUGGGGCUUUUGUUCUUUCUGUUCCUUGUAGGGCUUGAGCUCGACUUGAGCUCGAUUCGCAGGAGCGGGAAGAGAGCAUUUGGCAUAGCAGCUGCAGGCAUGUCCUUGCCCUUUCUUCUUGGUGCCGGACUCACCUUUCUGACCAGAAAAGUAGUCAAUGGAGAUAACCAUCACAAAUACGGCCAGCUCCUCAUGUUCAUGGGAGUCUCCUUGUCAAUCACCGCCUUCCCAGUUCUGGCUCGCAUUCUAGCAGAGCUCAGGCUUCUCACCACGGACGUUGGCCGAACUGCAAUGGCUGCAGCGGCAUUCAACGAUGUCUCUGCCUGGAUCUUGCUUGCUCUGGCAGUGGCUCUCGCAGGAGGCGGCACAGGGGCUCACAGGAGUCCCUUAAUCUCACUAUGGGUACUUCUCUCUGGGGUGGCUUUUGUUGCUUUCAUGCUUGUCUUUGUCCGAAGAAUCAUGCAUUGGGUGGCCCGGCAGGGCAGCAAUAUACAUGAAGCCUAUAUAUGGUUAACACUAGCAGCAGUUAUGGUGUCUGGAUUUAUGACUGAUCUCAUAGGUAUUCAUGCAAUAUUUGGUGCAUUUAUCUUUGGAUUGACCAUUCCCAGUGAUGGAGAAUUCGCUAGAAGUUUGGUGCAACGAAUCGAGGACUUUGUUUCGGGGCUUCUGCUGCCAGUUUACUUUGCAUCUAGCGGAUUAAAAACUGAUAUUACCAAAAUACGCGGCUUGGAGGCCUGGGGGCUAUUGGUGCUCACUAUCUUUACAGCUUGUGCUGGGAAAAUAUUGGCAACCUUUUUUGCGGCUGUUCUGUGCAUGAUUCCUGUGAGGCAGUCACUAGCCCUUGGAGUAUUGAUGAACACCAAAGGUCUCGUUGAAUUGAUUGUUCUAAACAUCGGCAAGGAGAAAAAGGUCCUGGAUGAUGAGAUGUUUGCUAUCUUAGUGUUGAUGGCACUCUUUACCACCUUCAUGACCACUCCAAUUGUAAUGUUCAUCUAUAGACCAGCACGAGAACUCUCACCUCCCGCUCGGCUGGAAACAUCAUCGACAUCAAAGUUGGAAGAAGAGCUCCGAAUCCUAAUGUGUAUUCGUGGACCAGGAGAUUCACCAUCACUCAUAAAUCUUGUUGAAUUAUGCCGAUCCACCAAGCAACCUGUAUUGAAGCUCUAUGUGAUGCAACUGCUUGAACUCACUGAUCGCUCCUCCUUGAUACGGAUGGUACAGCGGGUUCGGAGAAACGGCUUAUCCUGCGUUAGAUGCUCCCGCCAAGGAGGCGAAUUGAGCAACCAAAUAGUAGCUGCAUUCAAGGUUUACGGUCAACUCAGCAAAGUCACAAUUCGGCCAACAGCAUCGAUCUCUUCUUUGUCUACGAUGCAUGAGGACAUUUGCCACGUAGCUGAAAAGAAGAGGGCAGCCAUGCUCCUCCUGCCCUUCCAUAAGGCUUGGAGGCGAGAGGGAAAUGAAGAAAUACUAAUGAAUUUGGGCACUGGAUGGAGAGGAGUCAACCAGAUGGUGCUAACUAAUGCACCAUGCUCUGUGGCACUGGUAGUAGAUGGUGGAUUUGGAGUUGCACUCGAACACAGUUUAAUAGAUGAUAAUGCUCUCAUCAAGAAAGUAUGCAUUCUCUUCCUGGGUGGUCCAGAUAGCCAGAAAGCUUUGGAGUUAGGUUGCAGGAUGGCAGGGCAUCCAGUAAUGAGGGUUACUGUUGUUAGGUUAACCAUGUUUAAAGAUCUGGAAGAUAUGAUAGAAACUCGGCCAUCUUCAUCUCAAGCAUUUAAUAGUAAGGAUCAUCAAAUAUCUAUCACACCGAAUGAAUAUUCAAGGGAACAGGAGUUGGACGACUCAAUAUUCAUAGACUUCAGGAGGAAAUGGACUGGGGAGAUAGAGUUUGUAGAGAAGGAGACACACAAUCUUAUCAAUGAGGUGAAAGCAAUAGGACAAGGAGGAGAAUUUGAACUAGUAAUUGUGGGCCAAGGGAGAUUUCCACCAGCAGUGCUUGCAGAGCUGGAAGACAGCCGACCUGAAUUUGAUGAGUUGGGACAUGUUGGAGACCUGAUAUAUUCUUUGGGAGAAGCCGUAAAAUGUUCUCUGCUUGUUAUCAAGCAAAAUGAUUCUGUUAAAGAUAACAAGAUGCCAAAACCAGAGAUGGCUAACUAA